AUAAUAAAAAAUGAAAUGAUAUGUUCAGUGUUACGCUCUUCUCUUCCUUAUAUCUUCAGCUUCACUUCACAUCAAAAUCACCACCUCUCCUCAAAAACCCUAAUUCCUCUCUCUCAUUUCUCGGAGAUAUUCACCAGAGCAUUAACCAUGGAUGCUAAAGAAUCCUCCGCCACCGAUUUGAAAAGACCGAGAGAAGAGGAUGAUAACGGCGCCGCCGCAACCAUGGAGACGGAGAACGGAGAUCAGAAAAAGGAGCCUGCUUGUUUCUCCACUGUCAUUCCUGGCUGGUUCUCUGAAAUGAGUCCUAUGUGGCCAGGAGAAGCACACUCAUUGAAGGUUGAGAAAGUUUUGUUUCAAGGGAAAUCAGAUUAUCAAGAUGUGAUUGUUUUCCAGUCUGCAACAUAUGGAAAAGUUUUGGUUUUGGAUGGAGUAAUCCAACUUACCGAGAGAGAUGAAUGUGCCUAUCAAGAAAUGAUCACUCAUCUUCCUUUGUGCUCUAUUCCUAACCCUAAGAAGGUCUUAGUUAUUGGAGGAGGAGAUGGAGGUGUCCUGCGGGAAGUUGCACGCCAUGCUUCUGUUGAGCAGAUUGACAUGUGUGAAAUUGAUAAAAUGGUGGUCGACGUGUCUAAGCAAUUUUUCCCUGAUGUAGCAAUUGGAUACGAGGAUCCUCGCGUGAACCUUGUCAUUGGCGAUGGUGUUGCUUUCUUGAAGAAUGCUGCUGAAGGAUCAUACGAUGCGGUUAUUGUUGACUCUUCAGAUCCAAUCGGUCCUGCAAAGGAGCUAUUUGAGAAACCCUUCUUCCAAUCCGUGGCUAGAGCUCUUCGUCCUGGUGGGGUUGUGUGUACUCAGGCUGAAAGCUUGUGGCUUCACAUGGACAUCAUCGAAGACAUUGUUGCAAACUGCCGUGAGAUCUUCAAGGGUUCUGUGAACUAUGCCUGGACCAGCGUUCCAACAUACCCCAGUGGGGUUAUUGGAUUUAUGCUUUGUUCUACUGAGGGACCUGAUGUUGACUUCAAACACCCACUGAACCCAAUUGACGAGAGCUCAAGCAAAUCAAAUGGACCUUUGAAGUUUUACAAUGCCGAGAUUCAUUCAGCCGCAUUCUGCUUGCCUUCUUUCGCCAAGAAGGUAAUUGAGUCAAAAGCCAAUUGAAAAGAGAAAGAAAACUAAUCUGGAGGAUCGUUGAAUUUAUCAAGAAUAAAAGCAUUUUACUGUUUUUAGAAUGUUCUGUUGUUUCAUGCAUGUUUCUGUAACACAUUGCAAGAGCUGCAAAAGUGACUAUGUCUUCUUUUAGCAUAAUAGCAUUACACAUUUACAUAGUAGCAAAUCCUAUUUACAACAUGUUCUUAUGCUUUUGCGAUGAAGCUGAGAAGUCA